AUGGAAAAUUUGCACAAAAGCUCCGUCGAAAUCGAAUUAGCUUCUGCAGAUGAGUGUAAAGCAAAUGCUUCACGGUGUUGGAAGUCGUUGGUCGGUAGCGUAUCAUCCUUCCAAGCCGAUCCACAUAAUCCUGGAACGGAUCGAUCUCACUUGUUGUUGACUCUUGAAGCUCUACAUUCUUAUCCCGUUUACCUGAUACGUGGAGUACGUCAUUGUCUCGCAGCGGUCUUUCUCUUACACUUCCACGGUGACGUGAAUCGAGCAGCCGAUCUCUGUAAUGAGGCAUCCGAUCAAUUGGAGCACAUUGGUCGUCGUUUGCAGCGAGUGGAAUCAAAACUACUCAAGCAGCGUCUGCGACAACAACCGGCCGCGUCCGACUCUUCCGAUAUCCCAAAUGCUAUGAGCCUUAUCGCUAGAGCUAAACAAGAUGCUGGAUGGAUGCACUUUUGGUACUACGUUUUAGCUCGAAUACGAUCAAUCAUCCAUUCACACGAGUACCAAUUCCGUCUGCUGCUGGACUCCUCAUUGCUCGACGAAACCGAAAACGAAGCGGCUUAUGGAUUGCCGUCGGAUUUGUCUACUGGGAGCUCCCAUACGGGUGAUUCUAAACCCAGUGGUAACAAAUGCGCAAACAGUCGAGUUGCUCCAAUGUUGUCACCUUUGACCAAACUCAGCCCGGUUGCUCCAAGUGAUUCCAGAGCCGGACGACCUGCUCAAUUUACCACGACAUCACCAGACAUGGAUUCGGUCUCUUCACCAGGUGAUUAA